AUGGCCCUCUCCCGCCAACUUUGCCGUCCCAAUGCUUCGAUUGCCCCCUCGGCGCGCAUCCUCGCCUCCAGCGCCCAUGUCCACGCCCGCCGCCAUGCCUCCUCGGAUAUUGUCAUUACCCGCACCGGCAAGCCCAUUAUCCGCGUCCCCGGUGGACGACACUCGCUCGGCGGACACACGGUCACCGUCUUCGGAGCGACGGGCUUCGUUGGUCGCUACGUUGUGAACCGUCUGGCGCGCGCAGGAAACACGGUCGUCAUUCCCUACCGCGAGGAAAUGGCCAAGCGCCAUCUUAAAGUCACGGGCGAUUUGGGGCGGAUUGUCAUGAUGGAGUACGAUUUGCGCAACACAGCGUCGAUUGAGGAAUCCGUGCGACACUCGGAUAUUGUCAUCAACCUGGUCGGUCGCGACUAUCCCACCAAGAACUUUUCACUCGCCGAUGUGCACGUUGAAGGGACACAGCGGAUCGCGGAUGCCGUGGCCAAAUACGACGUCGACCGCUUCAUCCACAUGUCCUCGCACUCGGCCCACCCCGACUCGCCCUCGGAAUUCUACCGCACAAAGUACGAGUCGGAGCGAGUGGCACGAUCCAUCUUCCCCGAGACCACCCUCGUCCGUCCAUCGCCCGUUUUUGGGUUUGAAGACCGCCUGCUCCAUCGCCUCGCCAAAGCCUCCAACAUCCUCACGGCCAACAACAUGACCGAGCGUCUCUGGCCGGUGCACUCGGUGGAUGUGGGCAAGGCUGUCGAGGCCAUCGCCAUGGACGACAGUACCGCGGGCGAGACGUUUGAACUGUUUGGUCCGAAACAAUACUCCAUGGCCGAAAUCUCCGACCUGGUCGACAAGGAAAUCUUCCACAAGAGACGGCAUAUCAACGUCCCCAAGGCCGUUCUUGCCCCAGCCAUGGGUCUAAUGAACAAAUUGCUAUGGUGGGAUGUGGGAAGCAAGGAUGCGGUCGAGCGGGAGUUCUGCGAUCAGUUUAUUGACAAGAACGCAAAGACCUUCAAGGAUCUGGGCAUCGAGCCGGGUGACAUUGCGAACUUCACAUACAAGUAUCUGCAAGGAUACCGCAGCUCAUCAUAUUAUGAUCUGCCACCAAUGACGGAGAAGGAAAAGAGGGAGGAGAAGAAGUACUUGCAUGUGUUGGAUGAUCAAUAA